AUGGGCUCCUUCUUCCGGAGCGAGGAGAUGAGCCUGACGCAGAUGUUUCUGCAAGUGGAGGCUUCCUACUGCUGCAUAGCUGAGCUUGGGGAGCUGGGUCUGGUCCAGUUCAGAGACUUGAAUGCAAAUGUGAACAGCUUCCAGAGAAAGUUUGUGACAGAAGUGAGAAGGUGCGAAUCCUUGGAGAGGAUCCUGCGUUAUCUGGAAAAAGAGAUAGGCGACAAUGUUGAGACAGUCAAACCAGAAACGUACCCAGAGACACCCCUGCCUUGGGAAAUAACUGAUAUGGAGACAGUACUGCAGAAACUUGAAGCUGACCUGCUGGAAGCCAACCAUAACCAGCAAACACUGAGGCAGAACCUCCUCGGGUUGAUAGAGCUCAAACAUCUGCUGAAGAAAACACAGGACUUCUUUGUGACAGAAACCAGUUUGACAGAUGAUUUCUUCGGUGGAGAUUCUUCUGGACUGCUGGAGCUGAAAACCACCACUAUAACUGCCAAGCUAGGAUUCAUAGCUGGGGUAAUAAGGAGGGAAAAGAUGAUAAACUUUGAGAAUAUACUGAGACGAGUCUCUAGGGGAAACAUCUACCUGAGGUACACCGAAAUGGACACCCCCCUGGAAGACCCUGUGACAAGAGAAGAAGUGAGGAAGAAUGUGUUCAUUAUCUUCUAUCAAGGAGAGCAGCUUAAACAAAAAAUCGUCAGCAUUUGUGCUGGAUUUCGUGCCACCACCUACCCCUGCCCAGAGUCUGCCGCUGACCGCCAAGAAAGGCUUUAUGGAGUCAACACAAGGAUUGAGGAUUUAAACACAGUGAUGUUCCAAACCGAGUUCCACCGCCAGACAUUGCUGCAGGAUGCAGCAGCUGGGUUGUGGUUGUGGUGGAUCAAGGUGAAGAAAAUCAAGGCUGUCUACCACAUCCUGAAUUGCUGUAACAUCGAUGUCACCCAGCAGUGCAUCAUUGCAGAGAUGUGGUUCCCAGUGGCUGAUUCUGCCCGGAUAAAAGCAGCUCUUCAGCAGGGAAUGGAGCGCAGCGGUUCUACUAUUGCUCCUAUCCUGACCGCUGUACGCACCAGGGUAGCACCACCCACCUUCAACAGGACCAACAAGUUCACAGCUGGAUUUCAGAACAUUGUGGAUGCAUAUGGUGUGGGCAACUACAUGGAGUUGAAUCCAGCUCCAUACACUAUCAUUACCUUCCCCUUCUUGUUUGCGGUGAUGUUUGGGGAUUGUGGCCAUGGUGCUAUCAUGCUGGGAGUUGCACUCUGGAUGGUAAUUAAUGAGAAGAGCCUUAUUGCUCAGAAAAGCGCUAAUGAGAUCUGGAACACAUUUUUCAGUGGGCGCUACCUGAUCCUGCUCAUGGGCAUAUUCUCUGUGUACACUGGCUUCAUCUACAAUGACUGCUUCUCCAAAUCGUUCAACAUCUUUGGCUCUUCCUGGCAUAUUAUCCCCAUGUUUAAAAAUAACACUUGGAAUAAGAAUGUGCUUCUGCACAAUACAAUGCUAGAGCUGGAUCCGGCAGUCCCAGGAGUCUACUCUGGAAAUCCAUAUCCAUUUGGAAUAGAUCCGAUCUGGAAUAUUGCAUCGAACAAGCUGACUUUCCUGAACUCCUACAAAAUGAAGAUGUCGAUUGUCAUAGGCAUUGUGCACAUGGUUUUUGGGGUGAUACUUGGUCUCUUCAACCACAUAUACUUCAAGAGAUACAUAAACAUUAUCCUUCAGUUCAUUCCAGAAAUGAUUUUUAUGAUCUCUCUGUUUGGCUAUUUGGUCUUCAUGAUUAUUUUCAAAUGGUGCCAUUUUGAUGUCCACUCAUCCUCGAUCGCACCAAGUAUCCUCAUCCACUUCAUCAAUAUGUUUCUGUUCAAUUACAGUGACACAUCAAACGCUCCAUUAUAUGAGCACCAGAAAGAAGUACAGACUUUUUUGGUCAUAUUUGCUUUGAUUGCGGUUCCCUGGAUGCUUCUAAUUAAACCUUUCAUUCUCCGAGCCAACCACCAGAGAGCAGAGCGCAUGAUUCAGUCUGAAGCCAUAUCAGGAAGCCCUGCAAGGGAAAAUGACAUAGGUGACCCAGAGAACAAUCACUCCAAGAAAGCUUCUCAUGAACAUCUCAACGUUGACCAUGAAGAAUAUGAAGAAGAUGAAGAGUUCAAUUUUGGAGAUAUAUGUGUCCAUCAAGCUAUCCAUACCAUUGAAUACUGCCUUGGCUGCAUCUCCAACACAGCAUCUUACUUGCGGCUCUGGGCGCUGAGCUUAGCCCAUGCACAGCUGUCAGAGGUCCUUUGGAACAUGGUGAUGCACAAUGGUUUCAGCAGCGGCAGCUGGGCUGGCCUCAUUGCCAUCUUCAUCGUCUUUGCAGCAUUUGCAGUGCUAACUGUAGCCAUCCUGCUUGUCAUGGAGGGGCUCUCAGCCUUUCUGCAUGCCUUGCGUCUGCACUGGGUGGAGUUCCAGAACAAGUUCUACAUGGGAGCUGGGCACAAAUUUUGUCCGUUCUCCUUCAAGCGCAUAAUUGAUGGCACCACAGAAGAGUGA